GAUAAUACACUAAUAAAGUGUUUGUAGACUUUUAUACAGUUAUUGUUGACUCUCCAAAUAUCUGAUUCAUUUUCAUGUAGGCUUCUACAAAGUAUGUGAGACAUAAUUUUGUUUUACAUGACUUGUUUCUCCACAUCUUCAGGGGGCUCUUACCAGGGGUUGGCUAUAUUAUCUGAUAGUGUUGGUGGUUGGAAGCAGCAUAAUGUCAGUCAAGGAGGAAACUUCACUGAUUCACCAGUUAACAGGACAUUAAUGCCGCCAGAGGCAGAGGACUUUGACCCAUUAGGAGGACAUACUAUCUGGCAGGUCAUCAUAAUUGUCUUCCUCACUGGAACACUUUCUCUUGUCACUGUUGUUGGCAACAUCCUAGUGUUGGUGUCAUUCAAGAUCAAUAAGGCACUGAAGACAGUGAACAACUACUACCUGCUUAGCCUAGCAUUUGCUGACCUGACCAUUGGCACACUGUCAAUGAAUCUGUAUACUACGUACAUCAUCAUGGACCAGUGGGCUCUGGGACCUGUGGUCUGUGACUUGUGGCUUGCAAUAGACUAUGUGGCCAGUAAUGCCUCUGUCAUGAACCUGCUUGUCAUCAGCUUUGACAGGUAUUUCUCUGUGACCAGACCUUUGACUUACCGGGCCAAGCGUACAACUAAGCGGGCCAUGACAAUGAUUGGAUUAGCCUGGUCCAUCUCUUUCAUUCUCUGGGCCCCAGCUAUCCUGUUCUGGCAGUACAUUGUGGGUGAGCGGACAGUCCAACCUACUGAGUGCUACAUCCAGUUCCUGUCCGAGCCCAUCAUUACAUUCUGCACUGCUAUUGCUGCGUUUUACUUGCCAGUAACUAUUAUGGCAUUCCUAUUUUGGAAGAUCUAUCAAGAGACAGAGAAGCGUGCUAAAGAUAUACAAGGUCUCAAGGGAUCUGGGUCAGGCAACAGCCCAAGCAAGGCUCAAAACCAUGGGGGUGGUGGAGGAGGAGCUGUUGGAAAAGGUGCGACUAACAGCCAGGAUUCGUCAACCAUGCUGCGUCAAAUUAGCUCUCAAAGCUGCAGCAGCUAUGAACUAAAUCAGCUGGCUUCAGAGAAGAACAAUGAGGACAAUGCCAGCAUACCAGUAGGAAUGGGAAGAAGAUGGAGGUGUGGCGCGUUGUGCUUCCAGUUUUCAUCACUGCUGCGAGGUCGCCAUGAAUCAAAGAGAUCCGUCAACACCACAACGACAACGGUUGGUGAGACUGAGCAGAGCAGCAUUGACAGCUUUAACAACAAUGAAGGUGGUGCAUCUGGGGACCAGUCAGGAUCAGAGGAGGAAGCUGAUGAUGUGGACCCUUCAAGGCCUCCAACAGAUGGUAAGAAAUCUUCAAAGGUAAAGAAAAACAAGGAUAAGCAACUAUCAUCAUCCAACAGAAUUCAAAAAGGGUCACAAUCAAACCCUGUUACCUCGUCACCCACUGACCAAUCACCUGCAGCCAUCAACAUGAAAGAUGCCGCGAUGGCCAAACGCUUCGCCUCUAAGGCCAAGACAGAGAUCAACAAGCGCAAGAAUGAAAAAAAGGCAAAUGAGAAGAAAGCAGCGCGGACACUCAGCGCCAUCCUGUUUGCCUUCAUUACAACAUGGUUACCAUACAACAUCAUGGUAUUGGUCAACACUUUCUGUCAGGACUGUAUUCCAGAAACUCUUUGGGCACUGGGCUACUGGCUGUGUUACGUAAACAGCACAGUCAACCCCAUGUGCUAUGCCCUGUGUAACAAGACCUUCCGGACAACUUUCAGGGAUAUUUUGAUGUGCCAGUGGAAUCAGAGGAAGAACCAGCCUCAUUUUCAUCAGAGGAAGGCUGUGGCUUUCAAGAAAAAAGACCCAAUCUAAAUUUUGGUGGCAAAUUAUUGGAUGGAUCUGUGUUUAAAGGUACAUUUCCUGAUAUAUAUUCAGAAUUUGAAUGCAGCAUACACACCUCAAAGAGUUCCCAGUAAUACACAAAUGCUUAUUAAAGGUUUGAUCGCCAGUUUACUGUCUUUAUAUAUUGCUUUGCUAUAAACAAUAACCUGGAGGUCAGUUAUGACAUACACUCAGUUGCCAGUUUAUUUGGUAUACCUAGCUAAUGUGUUCGUUUUAGAGAGGUGUCCAUUCAUGUUUAUGGUCAUUUUGGAGGCUGUAGUUUAUGAAUCUGUUGAAUUGUAUUGCGUUAUUCUAUAUUCGAUUUGAUCUGUGUUCCUAAUAUUUUCCCAAUGGGCAUUAGUUUUAGCUCUCUCAACCUAAUAAACUUGCAACUAAUUGUCAACAAAAAUACUCUAAAUACACUCUUAUUCAAUAUCUCCACCAUAGUUUAGAGAUUUCAAAAUCUGUCUUGCAGUCCCCUGUUGUGACUCUCCUGUGUGGUUAAUAUUCUGUUCAGGGGCUGUGGUUGGGACACUUACUAAAAUAAAAUAAACAAAAUCAGUAAUAGAAUAGAGAGGUGCUUUUCAAUUUAGAAACCACCAUGAGGAAAGAUUACUGUUGAUAAAUUUGGUUGAGUCAGGCAAUCAGUACUGAAUGAUUGUCUUUCAGUAUUGUAAUGUUUGUAUGAAGCUGCUAACAGCAAUAUUGUCAACUGUAAAAUAUAACACUGUGUGACACUGACUCUUAUACUACUUCUUUGUCUGUACAUCUGUGGAAAUACUAUAGAAUAGUUUAAUAAUGUCAAAAUACAUGAUCAGUGAACAUAUUGAUGCAAUGCAUAUUGGGUGGGCCGUUCUAUAUUCAGCAGUGCUUUGGACUAUGGACAAUACACGCCAAACCACAUUGUGAUUUGCCAAUGGAAGGCACAUUUUUGACAUAUCACCUCAACUUAUAGUAUACUACACUGUAGGGGGCUUACAUGGGCACAGCUAAAGUUGACAGUGCCCUGUUCUAUUUGUUAAAAUACAAGUAUUAAUGUACUUGUAUAAAUGUGUGCGGACUUGCCAAUUUAAAAAUUAUUAGUUCUUAUUAGUUCUGUCUGUGUUGGGUUGUCCCUAAACAAGACAUUCAGAAAUGCUGUGAUGAAGUAUGCACGAUGACCUUUUCUGGCUACAUUUUGUUAUCUUCUAUAUGAAUGUACUGCAUACUAGACCUUCAAAGUUAAAAAAGGGAUACGGUAUUGUAUAGUGCACAUCAUGAUGGUUUACUACGAAUAGACUGUGACUAAAAAUUAACAUAGCAUAAACAUGGGAAAGUUAUGUCCAGGGUGAGUGGUUAGACUAAAUAAGAACAAACUGUGCUCUCCCUCUGUGUAUCCAACAAUGACUGUUAAGUGGUUAAAUGAUUGAUAGAUUCCAGGCACUCUUGGUGUUUUACAGUAGUUAGUAGAAGUUUUUAUAUUUACAUCCACAGUUUUGAAUCAGAGUGAGA